GCGAGACGUGUCGCGCGCGGUUCGUUAUAUUAUUUUAUUUCGAAAUAUUGAAACCGUGCAUAAUAAAUAUCAGUGUAAAUUAGCUGCUGAUAGUGAUUGCUAGUGACCUGCUGUUUAGUUUUAGGAGUGGAUUCGACUAAAUACUUCCAAGAUGAGCAUAGACAUUGACAAGCCCAGAUAUGACCAGAACACAUAUAUGGGUCGUGCUAAGCACUUCCUGCUGCUGACCAACCCGCUCAACACGUUGGCAAGCGACGCUCAACUGGAUGAGGCGAAAGCGGUCGUCGAUGCUUUCAGAAAAACACGUCAGUUACCGUCAGGGUAUGAUGAAGACAAGCUAUGGAAGAUGAAGUAUUUGUACGACAGUGCGUUCCACCCCGACACUGGCGAGAAGAUGGUCGUCAUCGGUCGCAUGGCUGCGCAGGCGCCUAUGAACACUAUUAUUACUGGAGGGUUGAUCUGUUUCUAUAAGACGACAGCAGCCACGGUGUUCUGGCAGUGGAUCAAUCAGACGUUCAACGCUGUCGUCAACUAUACCAACAGAUCUGGUGAUGCGCCUAUUUCUAAGACCCAAUUACUCGCGUCAUACUGUUGCGCGUGCGGUGGUGCCUUGUCAACGGCACUCUACUUGAACAGCAGAGUUAAGAACAUGAACCCGGUGUACGCGCGACUGGUGCCAUUCGCAGCGGUCUGCGGCGCUAACUUCAUUAACAUACCUAUGAUGAGGAGCAAUGAACUGAAGAUCGGGACUCCAGUGUCGACGAUAGACGGAGAACGUAUCGGAGACUCGAAGCGAGCAGCCGCCGUUGGCAUCAGCCUCGUCUGUAUCUCCAGAGUGCUCAUGGCUUUGCCAGGCAUGAUAAUAACCCCGCUGAUAACGAACGCGGCCACGAAGGCGGGCUGGUUCCGGCGGUUCCCCCGCGCCGUGGUGCCGUUCCAGGUGUCGCUGGUGGGCGCCUGCGUCACCUUCGCUACGCCCUUCGCCUGCGCACUCUUCCCGCAGACCGCCGCCCUGCCCACCGCCUGGCUCGAGCCUGAACUACGGGAGAAGGCUAAAGAGAAAAAGGUGGAUCACGUAUACUUCAACAAAGGAUUAUAAGUUGUCAAUUUUAUGGACCUAAUGAGGAAUUAUGAUUAACCUUUGAUCUGUGUGUAAUAAGGAUCCUGACUACCCCUCUCGUAUGUAUGUGAUAAGAAUGGCUUCCACAGACAGUGGGGUAUUUUUUUGACAGCGCUGCAACAGACAAAAGGUUAAGAUAAUUACUUAAUGGUACCGAUUCUCGCACACGUCAACUUAAUUUUAAAGUUUCACAGUUUUAAAACUAGCACUAUCUCUGCCUUACAAUGGUCAUAAGUGAAGUAUAGCAUUAUUUUUAUAACUGUCAGACAAAAAAAAUAAGUUUUGUAGGCCAGAAUUGCCGUCUUUUUUUACGGGAAUCGUAAACGCUGUGACAUAAUGAUAGAUAAAAGCCAGGGCUUGUUGAGAAGUAAGAGUGUAUCUUAUAGAAUCAGGAACGGAUCCAGCCUUUAUGUCGAGGGUUGGGGUCACGAGGACAACCUAUUUCCAUAGAGAAUUAGAUGAAAUUGCAGUGGUUACCUAUGACCCAACCUGUCGCCCAGUAACCCAAUGGAUCCGCCCAUGUAUAAAAUACUUAUGAAGAUACUUAGCAGAAUUAACAGUCAUAUCAAAGAUUAUCGUGUGUAUGUAGGAUUGUAUGAAUCACCGAGAAAAAUAAGAAUCGGUUACGGAAAAUCAUGAAUAAAAUAUAAGUGUACAAAUUACAUUAAGCUUUGAAUAGAACAUUCCAUUUCGUUUUUUACUGUUAUGCAUUUCAUUUUAUGCUUUUUUUAUUGUUAUUGAUUUAUACGAGUGAUGUGGCGUUCCCAGAAACGUUCUCCAUUUGGGAACAUUUCCGGCUGUAAAAAGGCACAAAAGCUCUUUGCUUUAUUAUCUAAGCCUUUAAGCUGAUAGCAUUCGGAUCCUAUGCACAGUCAUGAGCAAUAUAAUGUACCCACUGUAGGACUCUGUCGCACUAACAUAUUUGACAUUUAGUGAAACUUACAUUUCAAUUUGUCAAAAAAGUUAAUGUGACAUGGCACCAAAGUGUAUACAUAUUAAUGCUCGUGACUGUAUUUACGUAGAAAAAAGAAAGCAGCCCUUACCUUUAAAGGGUUUUUACAACAGAACCAUUCCCACUUUGGGAGCAUUUUUCCGGCUGUAAAAAUGCACAAAAUUUAUGUAAAAAGAGCUUUAUUUUCUAAGCCUUUAAGCUGAUAGGAUUCUGAUCCUGUGUACUCUACUACAGGUAAGAACAAUUUGAAAAAAGAAUGCAGCCAGUGUCUUUACUAUUGAAGCAUUUUUAUAACAGAAACAUUCCCACUACCCAUCGCUACUUGCCAUCAAACUUCAGAAGUUUGGCGGGGAUGAUUUGUAAAUCUACCGUUUAAGUUUUUCAUUUAAAUUAAAAAAAAAACGGCCUCUGUGGUCCAGUGGUUGAGCGUUGGACUCACGCUCCGGAGGCCCCGGGUUCGAAUCCCGGUAGGGGCAUAUCACAAAAAUCACUUUGUGAUCCCUAGUUUGGUUAGGACAUUACAGGCUGAUCACCUGAUUGUCCGAAAGUAAGAUGAUACGUGCUUCGGUAGGCACGUUAAGCCGUUGGUCCCGGUUACUAUUUACUGAUGUAAGUGAGUAAUCGUUACAUGAGCCAUGUCAGGGGCCUUUGGCGGCUCAAUUAUAACCCUGACACCAGGGUUGAUGAGGUUGGUAUUCUACCUCACGACCCACACGAUAAGAAGAUUAAAAAAAAACUUUGGGAACAUUCCCGGGAACGGCGCAUCACUGAUUGAUAUUCUUAUUCUUUUAGUGAAACGUUUUGUGCGCAACACUAUUGGUUGUGAUUUGUGAUACUCAUUAGAUCUGGCUGUCACUAAAUAGUUAAUUGCUAUCGAAAAUAUAAAAUAAUGUAAUUGUGUAUAAAAUAUUACAUAGAUAUAUUGUACUGAACAUUCCAUAACUUUUUAUAGACAUUUCACUUCAACACAAAUCAGUAGAUAAAAUUGUUAAUUAAAUAUAUGUAGUAUAUUUUUGUUAUAGUUAGAAAAUAAAUUCAACCAAAUUGAAAACUGUUAAUCUGUAGUUUUAUUCGUAGAAGAUAUAAUACUUAAUGAUACACCUACAGUCAUGAGCAAUAUAAUGUACCCACUUUAGGACUUUGUCGCACUAACAUAUUUGACAUUUAGUGAGAAUUAACAGUUUAAUUUGUCAAAAAAGUUAGUGUGACAUGGUACCGAAGUCUAUACAUAUUUUUGCUCGUGACCGUACAUGAUUUGUAGGUGUCUACAAGUUAAUCGCGCAAUGGCCCCGAUUGCUGCAGACACCUAAUUUUAUUUUAAGUUAUACCAGUCAUUUUCUUAUCCGCCGAAAAGGAAAGGGACGGAUUAUUGUCAACAAGUUAAUUUAAAAAUAAUGAAUAACCCGUGCGAAUAAAAUGUAGGCAUCUCGCUGAUAUGCAAUCCGUCUGACGUGCUGUCUACUUUGUCGGGUUAUUGGCCGAUGUAUAAUUUUUAGACGUUGUCCCGUCCCUUUCUUUUUCAACGGAUAAGAAAAUGACAGGUAUAACUUAAAAUAAAAUUAGAUGGCGUCUGCAGGAAUUAGCACCAAUGUAGUUUUUUUUUUUUUGUAUUAUUUUGGGUAUUCUGUAUUUAUAUAAAUAUUGUAUUGCAUGAUCAAAAUGUGUUUUAAGUAGAGAAAAAUAGAAAAACUAGUCAAUAAUGACGAAUAA